CAAUCAGCACCCACCUCUCUCCGGUUAAACUUCAUUACGUUCGUACAGUUUCUCGGUCUUACGCAGCUACGAUACGAACGCUAGCUGGAUCGCGUCGACUCACUGAGUGAAUGAAGUGCCGAUCCGUAGCAUGCAUAUGGUCGGGCGCGCAUCCGUCUCACAGAGUAACCGCCACCGCCGUGCUGAAACAACCUCCAACUCUCUAUACAGGCGGAUCAGAUGGCUCCAUCAUCUGGUGGAAUCUUUCCUCCACCGGUUCCAAUCCGGAAAUUAAACCAAUUGCUAUGUUAUGUGGCCACGCCGCACCCAUAGCCGAUCUCGGAAUUUGUUAUCCUGUAGUUUUGUCAAGAAAUGAAAAGCUAGACGCUUCAAGUAAUGUUCUGGCAGGAUCUACUCCUGAUUAUUAUGGUGCGUUAAUCAGUGCGUGCACUGAUGGCGUAUUGUGUGUGUGGAGCAGAAGCAGUGGGCAUUGCAGACGGAGGAGGAAAUUGCCACCUUGGGUAGGCAGUCCAUCCAUGGUUCGAACAUUGCCUUCAAACGCAAGAUAUGUGUGCAUUGGCUGUUCUUUCGUAGAUAAUGUGCAAUUGUCUGAAUGCGGUUCCGUUGAUUCCUCAGAAGGAGCUGAGGGAUCAGUGUAUGGAGAAUCUCAGCACAGAAAACCACCAAAAUGUGCUGUAGUAGUUGUUGAUUCAUAUACACUUAUGAUUGUCCAAACUGUUUUUCAUGGGAAUUUAUCUAUCGGUUCAUUGAAGUUUAUGGCUGUAGUUUCGUCCAUUGAGCACAAAGAGAAACAUUCAGUAGUCAUGGCUGAUUCUUUUGGUAGGCUGCAAUUGAUUCCGAUAUUAAAGGAUCCCCACCAGCAUGGGGAUGAUGCAACUGGUUUGCAUAAAAGUUCUCAGUCAGAGAUGACUGUUUGGGCAGAUGGGUUGAGUGAAGGUGGACAGGUUGUGUCAAUCGCAAUCUGUGAGAAUGUUAUUACUUUUGUUUUUAAAAAGCACUGCAUAUUUAGGCUAUUGGCAACUGGUACCACUAUUGGAGAGAUUUCUUUCGCAGACAAGAUCGUCUAUCUAAAUGGCAGGUCUACUCACUCACAUGUUAUAGGGGGGACGUUUCUUGAAAGUGAAGAAUCUGGGAGAAAGCUGAAUACUGAUGGAUUCGAUGAAUUAUCUACAACCAGUUUUAUUGUAUGGAAUAAUGAUGGUUAUGCUAUUGUGUAUUGUGUAUCAUUUUUAAAUAACAUAUUCAAGUGUGAGGCUCUUUGUGAGAUCCCUACCACUUCUCAUCAUGAUGAUGCGAGAUUAUCCGUUUGUUUCAUUCAAUUGAACCGCUAUCUUCUUCGCAUUUGUUCACAUUGUAUUUAUGCUGAAGAACCUUUGCUGUGGAAACCCCACAUAACCAUCUAUUCACCACAUACAGAAGAUGAUGACCAUGGAAAGUUGUGCUGUAAGUUCAGAAUACUUGGAGAAGGCAGUUUUUCUGUUGACUGGAUCGAAAAACCUACUUCACAUCAUAAAAUUGAGGGUCCCAGUGAUGGGAAGAGUGAGUUAAGUUCUUUGGAAUCAUCUGUUCCAAGUCCAAUAAGUGGUAAUAAUAUUCAUGCAUGUUAUCAGUCCAACAAGGCACGGAUUGUAUCUUCUUCCAUGGUUAUUUCAGAAAAUCUCCUUGCCCCUUAUGCUAUUGUGUAUGGUUUCUUUAAUGGAGAAAUCGAGGUUGUGAGAUUUGAUAUGUUUCAUGGAAUAACUUCUCAUGGUAAUAAUUCACACAAUGAACUGGGUUCACAUGCAUCCAGACGAUAUUUUCUAGGGCACACGGGUGCUGUACUAUGUUUGGCUGCACAUCGGAUGGUGGGAACUGCCAAAGGAUGGAGUUUCAAUCAGGUUUUAAUUUCUGGAAGCAUGGACUGCACGGUUCGCAUAUGGGACCUUGAAACGAGCAAUCUCAUUACCGUAAUGCACCAACAUGUGGCUCCUGUGCACCAAAUAAUUCUUCCCCCGUCCCGGACUGACCGUCCUUGGAAUGACUGCUUCCUCUCUGUUGGCAAGGACUCGUGUGUUGCUCUUGCUUCUCUGGAGACUUUGCGAGUUGAGAGAAUGUUUCCUGGACACCCCAGCUAUCCUGCUAAAGUUGUGUGGGAUGGAGUAAGAGGUUAUAUUGCAUGCCUUUGCCGAAACCAUUUGAGGACAUGUGAUGCGAGUGAUGUCUUAUACAUUUGGGAUGUAAAGACAGGUGCUCGGGAGCGGUUUCUUCGUGGGACUGCUUCUCAUUCAAUGUUUGAUCAGUUUUGUAAAGGUGUCAGUAUGAAUUCCCUAUCGGGCACCAUACUGAAUGGAAAUACCUCAGUUUCAUUACUAAGUCUUCCAAUAAUUGAGGAUCGAAGCUUUUCUCAUUCUAACUUAAAUAGUACAGAUAAGUUGGUCACUUCGUCAAAUGUGGUGCCAAGUAUUGCAAAUAUAGUUGAGCCCAAUACUUCCCAAGCACAUAUUAGUAAAGGAAUUUCGGCAAAAUCACUUCCAACCACUCUAUCUAUACUUCAAAGCAGCAAGUCCUCCAUCAAAUGCUAUUGCCCAUUCCCUGGAAUCGCUGCUCUGAAUUUUGACCUUGGAUCAUUGAUGUUUCCUCAUCAGAAGCACGGACGCACUGCCAAUGACAGUAAUAAGUUAGACAAUACCAAUGUGAAGGAACAGGGUAAUGACAGACUAAGUCCCCACCACAUUAAUAUAGAAGAUGGUGAUGUUAAUGAGAGCAUGAAUACUUCUAUAGAAGAGCUUGAAUGGAUUAGAUCACUUGAAGAAUGUUUACUUCGAUUUAGCUUGUCAUAUUUACACCUGUGGAAUGUAGAUUGUGAGCUUGAUAAUUUGCUUAUAGCAGACAUGAAGCUAAAGAGGCCAGAGAAUCUUGUUGUAGCUUCUGGAUUGCUAGGGGACAAAGGGUCUUUGACAUUGACAUUUCCUGGUUUGAGUACUAUUCUUGAGUUCUGGAAAUCCUCAUCAGAAUUUUGUGCAAUGAGGUCACUGACAAUGGUGUCCCUUGCCCAACGAAUGAUUAGCUUCUCUCACUCCAGUUCGGCUGCCAGCAGUGCUUUAGCAGCAUUUUAUACUAGGAAUUUUGCUGAAAAAUAUCCAGAUGUAAAGCCACCUCUACUCCAGCUUUUGGUGAGUUUCUGGCAAGAUGAAAGUGAACAUGUACGUAUGGCUGCUCGCUCUUUAUUCCACUGCACUGCUUCACGGGCAAUUCCACUUCCUCUGCGUAGUCAAAAAGCAACUGACCAAGCAGAUAUGAGCUCUCUAAUUGGCACCAGAGAAAAUGAACAUGAAAAUGUAAAUAUAGAAGAAACAUCUGCUAAAGGAUUGCAUUCUGAUCAGCUCCUAGAAACACAAGGGAUCUCCCGGGUGGAGGAAUCUAAGAUACAUGAUUGGCUAGAAUAUUUUGAAAUGCAAGACUGGAUUUCUUGCGUGGGAGGAGCAAGCCAAGAUGCCAUGACGUCUCAUAUUAUUGUUGCAGCAGCACUGGCUAUUUGGUAUCCCAGCCUUGUGAAGCCAGGUCUUGCCAUGCUGGUUGUUCAUCCCCUAGUAAAAUUGGUUAUGGCGGUGAAUGAGAAAUACAGUUCCACUGCAGCAGAACUCCUUGCAGAAGGUAUGGACAGUGCAUGGAAAGCAUGCCUUGGUUCUGAAAUACCUCGUUUGGUUGGAGACAUAUUCUUUCAAAUAGAAUGUGUAAGUGGUCCAUCAGCCAACUUAGCUGCACAAAAUCCAGUUGUACCAAUUGCCAUCCAGGAGACUUUGGUCGGUGUUCUUCUUCCAAGCUUAGCAAUGGCUGAUAUACCAGGGUUUUUAACUGUUAUAGAAAGCCAAAUCUGGUCUACUGCAUCCGAUUCACCUGUUCAUCUUGUAUCUCUUACGACUCUCAUCAGGGUUGUGCGUGGUUCUCCAAGAAACUUGGCUCAGUACCUUGAUAAGGUGGUUAACUUCAUUUUGCAAACUAUGGACCCUAGCAAUUCUGUCAUGCGCAAAAUGUGCUUUCAAAGUUCAAUGACAGCCUUGAAGGAAGUUGUACGUGCAUUCCCUAUGGUCGCCUUGAAUGACACAUGGACCAGAUUGGCUGUUGGGGACGUGAUUGGAGAGAUGAACAGUGCUAACAUUCGGGUGUAUGACAUGCAAAGUAUGAUAAAGAUCAAGGUUUUAGAUGCAAGUGGACCUCCUGGACUUCCAACCAUGCUUGCAACGGCAUCAGAAACGGUGGUAACUACUGCAAUUUCUGCAUUGAGCUUUUCGCCAGAUGGGGAGGGGUUGGUUGCUUUUUCUGAGCAUGGUUUGAUGAUAAGAUGGUGGUCAUUGGGAUCCGUGUGGUGGGAAAAAUUGAGCAGAAACUUUGUUCCCGUGCAAUGCACUAAACUUAUCUUUGUUCCUCCAUGGGAGGGAUUCUCACCGAACUCUUCUAGGUCAAGCAUAAUGGCAUGCAUAAUGGGAAAUGGUAGACAGGUCAAUUCACAGGAGAAUAACAGCAUUUCAAGUCACGCGGAAAGUCUGAAACUAUUGAUUCAUAAUCUUGACCUGUCUUAUCGGCUAGAUUGGGGGGGUGAACGGAAACUACUUCUUUCGAGGCAUGGCCAUGAGUUGGGCACUUUCCUGUUAUAAGCAUCCUCACCUCGCAUGCAGAUUGUCAAGGGCAAGCCCUUGGAAGUUUUUCGUCUUAUAUUGAAGUAGGGAAUCACAACCAGUUUGCAUUUUCAGUUGCAAUUUUGUUACCAAUAAAAAUAGGACGUCUUUUUCAUUUGAUAAAAAUAGGAUAUGGUGCUUCUUUUUUCUAUUGGCACUGGAUGUCUAGGAACAACAUCUCGACUAAUCCUGAGGGUGCAUAGGCCCUCGGCAGAGAGUUUUCUACAAUUGCACCUCAGGUAAUUCAAGAAAAAAAUUUCACA